GUUUUCUUUUAUUGCAACCACUGUUAAACAAGGGCCUACUUCAACAAAUGACUCGCCCGCCUACUCGAGAAAAGCUCUACACAAACCCUGCUCAUGGAGGCUUUAGCCCUGCUUUACAAAGAGCCCGUAAACCGUUUGUCACCCGUAAUGUCAUGACCUUGGUUGGUCUUUUGACAUUUACUUCCAGUGUUUAUGCUUAUUCACUUAUGGCUGUGAAGCAAGAUGAUUUUAGUGACGUGCCUAUGCCUCCACCACUGUCUGAAACUCAGGAACAAUCUUGAACACAGUAAAAAAAACUAUUCCAUUUGACGUUGAAAAAUAUUAUUUUGUAAAAAUACAGAUGACACAUAUACAACAUUAUUUCGAAAUAAAAACUUAUUUCCCAAGCAACGACGAAUUUACGA